GCCCUGAACCUAGCCUACUUUUCAUACUUUCCCCUCCUCCAUCUCUCUCUCUUCUCUUUCUCUUCUCUCCACUCGAUUCACUCAUUCCCCUCAACAUCAACCGCAGCAGAUCCUCACCAUGUCCCGCAUCUUCACCGCCGAGGAACUCGCAAAGCACGACGGCACCAACGCCGACGCUCCCAUCUAUGUCGCCAUCAAGGGUGCUGUCUUUGACGUCUCCUCCAAGAAGGAAAUGUAUGGCCCCGGAGCUGGCUACCACUGCUUUGCCGGAAAGGACGCCUCGAAGGCUCUCGGAAAGAGCUCUCUGAAGCCCGAAGACUGCAUUGCCGACUACAGCGACUUGAACGAAACGGAGCUCAAGACGCUGAAUGACUGGGUCGUGUUCUUCGAGAAGCGCUAUCCCGUUGUUGGAAAGACCGCAUAAACGACGACGAGAGCCGAGGCCAAUUGCUAAAGAGCUGAAUAGUCACCAACAGGGGAGACAGAGUCUUUCGAGGAGAGCAACAAUACGAACACGCCUUUGUAAAUAAAAAAGAAAAGACAACGUUGAACCG